AUGCAUAGGGCUUAUAGCAAUGCAAUACAACGACAUAGGGAUAUCCGCAAUGUAUUUCUUUCCGUGUGCCAUAGAAAACCCUGCAAUGGGAUACUUAUUGAUUGCAUCUGGUUGGAUCAUACGAAAGCAUGUGAAUUAAAUGAACACUCGGACAGACGAUUUCUGUGGAAGAGGUUUGUUGCCACCAAUACUUCUCACCUUCAUUGUCCAGGAGAAAUAGUUGGACUUUUCUAUCUUAAAGUAAACAGGGUUACAACGUGUAACACAUGCAGCUGUAUAUGCGCGGAACAGGAAGGAAAUUCGACAGCUAUGAGAACUAUCAGUCUUAUCCCGCAAUUGGCCGACAUUCACAGAAACAUGGUGAUGACCGGAGUGCGAUUCACUGAAAAGGACCGAAUGUUCCAUCUCCAAAUCGAGCAGGCCGAAUUAGGCCCUUUUGGAAAAAUUGUUCCAGGAACCGCGGAGUGGAAAGUACUGAGGGACUUUCAGUAUGACCCAGCAGGCGAAGGCAGUUUUUCGAUGAAGAAAGGAGAAGAGUUCGUUGAAUUAACGGAGUUCGUAGACUUUUCUUUUGUGGCUUUCACUCAGCGGACCAUCAACCUGGACGAACUCUUUGCUAACCACGGACAAGUUCUUAUCGGAGCCCGGUUCUUUUACAAUGACGUGGACGAUGCCUUCGAGCUGCAGAUAAAGUCUUGGCCAGUCGAUUUAAAAACCGGUGAGUUGGCGGAUGGAAAUCUGUCAGAUAAUAAAUGGAUUGGAUGGAAAAAUUCUCAGAUGCGCUCAGAAAACUACGACAGGCCUGGAAGGAAAUUUGAAAUCGGAGAAACCGACGAAACUUUGAGAACUGACAAAUUGAAUGAACCCUGCUCAGUUCCGAAUCAAAAACUGCGGAUACGAGCGACAGGAAUUGACAUUGAUUUGAGCCAACACACGGUUCCUUAUUUGGACCUUCAACCUGUGACCUAUUCUACGGCUAAAAUUCCUCUGAAUGGGCUUGAGAUAAUUUACAAGGGAGUCGAAGGGUUUGGAGGAUUUUUGGGCUUCAGAAUAUUUGCUUUUGAUUUUACUGAGGAUUUUAGAUGGAAAAUGCCCAUUAGUUAUUACAAUAAAUAUCGACCUUAUUUUCACGAAAAUUUGAUCUUGCAAGAUUCGUUUAAAUAA